AUGGCUGGAGAGCCUGAGCCUCCGAGCGGCCGCGCACUAAACACCAGAUCCUGGGCCUCGCGGAAGCACCAGGAGAGGGAGCCUGUGAGCCGAGAAACCCGGAACUCACUGGGGGCCAUUCCUGAUUCCCUAGGCUCUUUUUGCGCACAUGGUGUGGCGCUGCGGACUAAUGAGCGAACCGUGGCCCAGCGAUGGAGCGCACACAGAUUCCCAGGUUGGCAGGCGCAGGAUGCCUACGAAGACAGCACCCAGGCCAGCCUCUUCGUUUACACUAAAGCAAUCAAUGGCACACGGGGCCCCUUUGAAGGUCCCAAUUACCACAUAGCCCCGCGGUGGGUGUACCACAUCACCAGCGCCUAAAUGCUGUUCGUGGUCCUUGCCUCUGUCUUAACCAAUGGGCUUGUGCUGAUGGCCAAAAAGUUCAAGAAGUUGCGCCACCCUUUGAACAGAAACCUGGUGAACCUGGCAGUGGCUGAUCUGGCAGAAACCAUCAUCGCCAGCACCAUUAGUGUGGUGAAUCAGCUCUCCGGCUACUUCAUCCUCGGCCACCCUAUGUGUGUCCUGGACGGCUACACUAUCUCCCUCUGUGGGAUCACGGGCCUCUGGUCGUUGGCCAUCCUUUCCUGGGAGAGAUGGCUUGUUGUCUGCAAGCCUUUUGGCAAUAUGAGAUUUGACGCCAAACUGGCCAUCAUGGGUAUUGCCGUCUCCUGGGUGUGGUCCGCCAUCUGACCUCCCAACUUUGGAUGGAGCAGGUACUGGCCCCACGGCAGCUCGUACCCUGGGGUGACAUCGUACAUGAUUGUCCUCAUCAUUGUGCUCUGCUACCUGCACGUGUGGCUGGCCAUUGGAGCAGUGGCAAAGCAGCAGAAGGAAUCUGAGUCCACCCAGAAGGCUGAGAAGGAGGGGCCGCGAAUGGUGACGGUCAUGCUCUUCACCUACUGUCUCUGCUGGAGGCCCUACACCUUCUUUGCAUGUUUUGCUGCUGCUCACCCUGGCUACGCUUUCCACCCCCUGGUGGCAGCCUUGCCAGCCUACUUCACCAAAAGUGCCACUAUCUACAACCCCAUCAUCUAUGGCUUUAUGAACUCCUUUCAGUUUCGGAACUGCAUCUUGCAGCUUUUUGGGAAGAAGGUGGGUGGAUGGCUCUGACUCUCUAGGACCUCCAGAACAGAGGCCUCAUCUGUCUCCUCGGUCUCACCAGCAUGA